UUCUCCUAUGACUGGAAUAGGAGCCAAGAGGCGGGUGGGGUGAGAUGGCCAUCUGAGUGCUGCUUUCCAGGAGAGGUGCAGCCGUCAGUCUUUAAGGGCAUGGUGUUCUGAAUUCCACUUACAGAUUUUUGUGGUCACCAGGGACUUUCAAAUUCGGGGAGAAAUGUUUCGUGUUUAUAGUGCAGCGGGCAGAAUCGUAUCUCAGAAGUGCCUAUGUGGUAAAGUGUCUCUCCGUCCUCUACAACCUUGUUACCGAUACUCAACAGCUGGAAAUCCAGGUGCAUCUGCUGGUAAGAUAGUUGGAACUGGCUUUCUGUUGAUUGGAGGUGGAAUUGGUGGCACAUUCUUAUAUGCUAAAUGGGACCCCAAAUUUCGUGAAAGUGUUGAAAAGUCCGUCCCUUAUUCUGAUAAGGUCUUUGAGGCGACCCUUGGUCCUGCACCUUAUGCAGUUUCAUUGCCAAAGAAACCGACCAAAUCUAUACCGUUCCAGAUCUCCUCUGCAGCUGAAGUGGUAAAUCAAAAGCCAGCCCAAACAAAAAGAAAGGAGAAGCCAGAAUCUUCUGUUCCACUAGCAGCUCCUACUGCCGAACCAAGUUUAGAAGUGGCCUCUGCAGAGGCAGCACACAUCAUUUCUGCGGCCAGUGAAGUUCCAUCAAUACCAGCUCCUGGUACCCAUGAUGGGAAUGGCGAAUCUGAAGGGGAACAGAAAUCUGCAACACGACCAGGAGAACCGUCCACAAAGCCCAAACUUGCAUUACCUGCUGUAAAAGAACGCCCACCUGAAGAAGUAGCUGCUCGGCUGGCUGAACAAGAAAAAGCAGAACAAGAAGCCAUUGCCUCACUGUCUGCUGCACUGGAGGAAGAACUCGGCAGUGCUGCCCAUGUGACCCUGCAGGCUAUAGCAUCUCAGGAGGCCGCCGUCUCUGCAAUUAACAGCCACUCCCAGAAGCUGAAAGAAGCUAUGGAAGAUUCUGAGGUUACUCCAGAACAAAAAUCUGCUCAAUGGGGAGCUCUGGAGGAUGCACUGAAGCAACGAAGCAAAGCUGUAGAUGAAGCUGCUGAUGCUCUUCUGAAAGCCAAAGAUACCUUGGAGAAGCUGCGAAGUUUUAUUGAUGGUGCAAAAAACAUAAAAGCUGCUGGAGCCAAAUCUCACAUCUUGGUGGCUGAGGAGAAUCUAAACCGCAUGCUGAUUGAUCUGGACAAUGUAGUAAAAAAGGUUCAAGCUGCUCAGUCAGAGGCAAAGAUUGUUGCACAGUAUCAUGAACUGGUGGCUGUGGCCAAAGAACAGUUUCAGAAAGAACUGGACAGCAUCACACCUGAUGUUCAUCCUAGUUGGAAGGGUCUCACUGGAAAACUAAGCACUGAUGACUUGAACUCUCUCAUUGCUCAUGCUCACCGGCGCAUUGAUCAGCUUAUCAAACAGCUGGCAAUACAAAGAGCAAGAGAACAGCAACAUGUUGAAACUGCAGUGGAACAGCAGAAACAAGAGAAUAAAAAGAUGCUGGAUAUGGCUGUGUCUAAGGCCCUUGAUCAUUACCACUCGGAGAUUAACCUAGAGCAGGAGAAGAAGGUUGAAGAAAUUCGUGAGGUGAUGGAAGCAGAAAUGAGGACUCAGCUACGUAGGCAAGCUGCUGCUCACACAGAUCAUCUCAGAGAUGUGCUUAAAGUCCAAGAGAUUGAGCUGAAAGUGGAAGCAGAGCAGGAAUUUUCACAUAAACUAGCAGAAUUAGAGACACAUUACAGACGUAUGACUCAGGAACAAAUAGACAACUUUACCCUUGACAUGAAUGCGGCAUAUGCAAGGCUCAAAGGAAUGGAGCAGGCAGUUGAAAACCACGCCAUUGCUGAGGAGAAGGCAAGGAAGGCACAUCAACUGUGGCUGUCUAUUGAGGCUCUUAGUUGCAUCUUGAAGCUGGCAUCUGGUGAUAGCCCUACUGAGCCUCUUGACGGUGCUGUGGAAGCCAUUAAAUCCAGUUGUGCUGACAAUGAAUUCACUCAGACCUUAACCAGUGCCUUCCCUGAGGAUUCGCUGAAGCAAGGUGUCUACAGUGAGGCUGCUUUGCGAGCACGCUUUUAUAAUAUUCGCAAGCUUGCCCGCCGGGUUGCCUUGAUUGAUGAGACACGCAACAGUCUGUAUCAAUAUUUCCUGUCUUAUUUGCAGUCUCUUCUGUUGCUUGAACCACAGCAAUUAAAACCUCCAGCACAGCUAUCUUCUGGUGAGCUAGAUACAUUUAAACUUCUAGCGUAUGCCACGUAUUGCAUUGAGCAUGGAGAUUUGGAGCUGGCAGCUAAAUUUCUUAAUCAGCUUAAAGGAGAACCCAGGAGAGUUGCUCAGGACUGGUUGAAUGAAGCUCGACUUACUUUAGAAACAAAGCAGGUGAUAAAUAUCCUUUCUGCUUACGCCAACGCAGUGGGUUUAGGCACCACCCAGGUAGAGUAACCUACCAGUUGUGAGGGGGAAUCCCGGUGCUCAUGGCAGCCACAGUCGCAAACUCUUUUGUUAAGUGAGACUUGUACAAAGUUCCGCAUAUGUGGUACAACUUAACCCAUAAUGCUCUGUUGGCAUUUGGCUACAGCCUGGAGAGAUGGUGGAGUAGCCAGCCAUUCAGAUGACGCCUUUAAUGGUUAUGGUGUACUCCCUAUGCAGCACUGUGGUCUUGAGCAUCAGGGACUCGUCCAAAGGCACCAUCCAGUUUGCGGUGCAUUCUGUCAAAGAGUGAUUCACUUAUUUAACACAAAAAGAAAUUCAGUAAAUCAAAGAUUGUUCUGCUCCAUGUAAUGUCUCCAGCUCGGUUUUGUAUGAUAGGACUCUGAUUUAAACCUGUUAACCUGUUUUCAGAAUAUGACAUUUUAUCAAUCCGUGCAGCAUAUCAAUAAAUCUUGGGCAAAGUUGCUAAUUUAUUUAGUUAAGUCACUUUAAUUCGCGGUACCUUCCAAAAAAUGAUUUGGUUUGAAUCGGUAAAACUUCAAUGGAAAAAUUAAAUGUAUUCUAAGAAA